AUGUGUGGGAAGAUUUCAAUCCUGCAACAAUCAACAGGCAGGGUGGCGAGCAGUGCUGAACAGUACGGUGCAGUACAACAGGAGAUGAGAAUAGCAACAAGUGUGGAGAUUAUGCUCCUGCAUUUAGAAAAUAUCAAGAGAAGUUUUGAGCGCGAGCACAGCGAGUUAGAAGAAACGAAGAGGAUACUUGUUCAGCAUAAGCUUAUAGAGAGUGAAGGAAGAAAAGAAAUAAUACCAAGAAACAGAUCUAUAUCAGUUAUACAGGGCUCAAAGUAUCCGGAUCUUCCAGAACUUCGGCGUGCUAGUUUAUCAACAGGGCACAGCCACAACUUGCACAACAGCAACAACAGUCUUACUGUAGAUUCUAGUAGUUCUAAUACAAGACCUAAAUCUCCUACUCUACUACAGAUGGUAUCUGUUAGAAGCUUAGCGACCACUGUUAGUGAUGAGUUCUCGAGAAAAUUAGAAAAGAAAACAAGCAUUUUCAGACCUAUAGCAGAAGAAGAAAAUAAGAAUGAUUCCAACAAUAACAGUAGUAAGGAGAAUAAGAAUCGAGGUUUAUUGGAUCGAAGAAGAGAUUCAAGGCGACAAUCACAGUUCGAUGUCGACACAAUUAUCGAGGAGAUCGACGAGCUCGCAGUGAAGCGAGACAGUUCUCCCACCCCUCCAUCUGUUGGUUCGGCCACACCCCUGCUCAAUAGUCCCCGCCCACUUGUACUCCCCUCCUCCCCGGCUGAGAUACUCAAACGGAAAAAAUCUUUGAUUCUUCAUCUGCAGACCUGGUAUUCUGAUCUAUACUGGCCAUAUGACGAGGAGGAAACUAUCCUUGGGCUCAGAUAUUUUAUUUCCGGUCUCCUUUCAGUUGCUGCAUUUGCAAUCGUGGUAGCAACCUUGAUUGGUUGAAUUCACGAAGAUAUCACGACACACGAACUCAACAGUAUAUUCAACAGAAAUAAUCAAAUAUUCGGGAAACUAUCUGAUUGGUUCAGAGACCUCAACGAGAGGAGGAGGAGAGCUAACCUGGAGUUUAAAAACUCCGUAACUCAAUGCAAAACAAAGAUAUACCCGCGGUGAAACCUUGGAUUAACAUAUUUUCAUCCGUCAUCUUUAGGGGAGAAGCUUCACUAGGAGAUUCUAAACGAAGGUGGCUCGGAAAUACCGUGAAUUUUAAUUCAGUAAAUCCCGUGAAGAACAUGAAUGUGAAUAUUUUUAUUUUUCUCUAAAAACAAGGUUGAUUUUUUCUUUCUUAAAAAUGUACGUAAUUAAAAAAUAUUUGUUUCUGAAUAAAUAUGUAGCAUUCAUAAUAGAUAAGACAUUAUCGCCAUUUUUCUGUAAUAACAAUAGUAUAUUUUAUAAAUGGUUAUUUAUUUCUAACUAUUUUCUAACACAAGAUAAAAAACAUCUUAUUUUUUUGUUUAUUGUAAUAAUAUUUUAAGUUGUUAGUUGUUGAUAAUAGUCUCUGUCAAUUUUGUGCUCAAUUUUAUUUUCGUGGUUAUUCCCUUUUGUACAUAAAGAUCUUUGAUUGCGCUAAUAAAGCAUUCUGUGAUACUACUGCAGAUAUACAUAUUGUGAUAUUUGUAAACAGAGAUGUAAUUAUAUGUAAGGAGAAAUUGAUGAUGGAAAUGGAACAGUUUUAUUUCAAAAUUGAUUAAAAUCAUUUAAAAGUAAAAGUAGGGAUCGUAACUCAAAUUGCAUCAGUACAAGUUUGGGAAGCUUAUUAUUGGAAUUUAUAUAAGAUAUUUUUCAGUAAGUCCUAUAUAUAUAUAUAUUUAUAUAGCCCUUGGUAUUAAUUUAAGUGCCUACUACCUUAAUGAAUAAUGACGACUUCUAUAUCGUCUUUGUUACGGAAUUUUUUGUAAUAAUUUUUUUGUAGCAUAGCAGUUAAGAAAUUUACCACAUAAAACUGCUAGUCUCGGGAUUUCCAAAAUGUGGUCUACCAUUUAUUUUUACCAUAAAAAUUGACGGAGAUGUUAGGAUAAAUGCCCAGAUUCCAGUUUAUUAAAAAUCAACAAAACUGCUCAAAUGUUUAAUAUCUCCAUCAAUUUCAAAAAUACAACGAGGGUAGACCAUGUUUUGAAAAGCUCAUUAGACUUUCAAUCUUUUUACUAAUGCAAUUUAUGUAAUUUAUCAAUUAUCGGAAAUCAAAGACGAUAUUCAAGUUGUCUCUUGCAAUUCCAAUGUUUAUUGGGACACCCUGUACUUUACUUCUACUCAGUUAAAUAAAUGCAUGUUUAAUUAAAGCAAUCAGAGCCCACACAAAUGACACAAUGAACAAUCAGGACUCUAACCAUAUAAAUGUGGCAUCAUGAAUCAUUAUUCUACGGGGAGGGGGGGGGGGGGGUAAAUUAAAUAAGGAUGGAAGGGGGAAUAAGUAAAAGUUGUGCAGGAAUGUAAUUUGUUACAAGUUUUGUUUUUAAAUCGACUUAACAAUUGGUAGACCACCCCUAUGUUUAAAUAAUAAAACAAUCUCUUUAAAAAUUCCUAAUUUGAAUACCAAUUAGGUUUAUAAUAAUUGCUCUGUUUCCGUCAUCAGUUCUCCUAAAUCUCAAGUCAUAUAUUGUAACCUAUCGGCCUAACUAUACUAUUAGUAAAAUAUAUUUAAUGUUAGAUAA